AUGUCUCGAGAGGACUAUGUCAGCCUUAUGGAGACGUUGACGCCGGGGUAUGUUCCUCCAGAUGAAGAAGUUAGUACUAGCGCUCCGCAAGACCAAGAUCAUAGCCAUGCUGUCGACGAUGCACACAGUCUCAAUCGUCGCCAGCAGCAGAACCAGAACCAGUACGCAACCUCUAUGCAAGACAAGGAGAAGCAGAUGGCCUCGGAAUCGCAGCCAAGGCAGGCAAAAUUAUUGGGUGAAUCACAACUGGAUGAACAAGACGUAUCCAUGGAAGAUUUCCAGAUUUCUCAUGAGAGUCAGAAGGAAGACCUGGGAGAAGCAGCCAAAGAUGAUAAUCAAAUAAGCCCAAACUCGCCUGCAGAUCGGCACAAUGGUUUAAAGACACCAGACUUUCAGGGACAAAACAAGACCUCAGACAGCCAUCCAAAUUUCGAUAAGGACUCAUACCAUCUAUUUACCUCAGAGGAUAAACGUCAGAUGGAUACCGACUCGAAUUAUGAACCAGAUUCAGAAAACCAAACUGCAGACGAACAUGUCAACAGACAAGACCUCGCACUCAACAAUCUCGAAGUUUCGGAAGGAAGCCAACGUCAAUCUCUGCACACUACCUCCAAGACCAAAAAGCUGUUGAAUUCUCAUUCUGAACCAAAGUCAAAGUACUUAAACGUGGAUCCAAAAAUGACUGGACCAGAAUCAUUCAUGAGCAACUUUGCAAGGUAUGGGAAGAAGCAACCUCAAAGACUUCCUCGAAAACCAGAAAAUAAAUCAGAGGCUGCAAAAUUAGCCAACGCAGACCCCACCGAGCAGGUAGUCCUCCGUGUCAUCGGUCUUGAAGGCCGCGACAAAGACAUUUCGAUCAACAAAUCAGUCGCUACUCACUACUCACCAGUUCUCCGCCGCGCAUUCAACUACACCCCUAGCAAUCCCCAAAAAAUCAAAAAAGUCUACCAAAUAGCAAAAACGACCGAGGACGCAGUUCUUACCCUCAAGAGGUGGAUGUUGACCGAAGACAAAUCGCUUCCUCUUCCUCCUCCAUCCAACACUCCUCACGACCCCAACGACGAAUUGCCUACGCUAGUCUUGGUAUACUUCCUGGCCAAGAAAUUGGAGAUUGAGAGACUCCAAAGGGUUGCCUUCGUCAGGUUCCAUAACUGUGUGAAAGAGAAAAGAGAUCUGCCGGCGAUUAUUCCAAAAUGGCUAUGGGAGGACACAAAGGAAGGAGAUAUGCUGAGAGAAUCCGUGUUGAACAUGUGUACGGAUGGCACUGUGAACAUGCCGCCGGAGAUAUUUGGAGAUGGGUACUUUCCGCCCGAGUUGGUGGCGGAACUUGUGGGAAGACAAGGGAGAUUACGGAAGAAAGAUUCAGAAAAACGGAUCGUUGGCCGGUCUAGAGGUGCCUCGAGCAAGAAACGAUAA